UUGCGAGUGAAAAUUGCAUAAGUUGUGUAAAAUCGAAAUCGAAGUAGGCGGGCAAUGCUAUUGAGCUGCCUGAAAACAGACUAAAUUUACGUGGUUGCUUAAAUUCCGUUGCUUUGCUUUGCUUUUCGGUUUAAAACAGCGCUCCGAUCCCAGAACUAGAACAGAAUCAAGAUGUUCUCCAGCUUCUUUGAAACUGCCCGGAACUCUCCGUUCCGCACCCCCCUCUCGACGGUCAGAUGCGAUGCCGCCGCCCCAGUGGUGGAUCCCCAGCCGGUCGAAGGUCGCCAGAUCGCCGCCGCCGCCACUCCGGUGGCCCAGCAGCAGCAGGACUCUUGCGAGUUCGGCAGCAGCAAGUACUUCGCUCUGUGCGGAAUCGGUGGCAUCCUCAGCUGCGGCACCACCCACACCUUCGUCGUGCCCCUGGAUCUGGUGAAGUGCCGUCUGCAGGUCGACCAGGCCAAGUACAAGAAUCUGGUGCACGGAUUCAAGGUCACCGUGGCGGAGGAGGGCGCCCGCGGACUGGCCAAGGGCUGGUUCCCCACCCUGCUCGGCUACUCGGCACAGGGUCUCUGCAAGUUCGGUCUGUACGAGGUGUUCAAGGUAAAGUACGCCGAUAUCAUUGGUGAGGAGAACGCCUACCUGUACCGCACCUCCUUGUAUCUGGCUGCUUCCGCUUCGGCCGAGUUCUUCGCCGAUAUCGCUCUGGCGCCGUUCGAGGCCGCCAAGGUCAAGAUCCAGACCAUUCCCGGAUUCGCCAACAACUUCCGCGAGGCCGUGCCCAAGAUGCUGAAGGAGGAGGGCGUCAAUGCCUUCUACAAGGGUCUGGUCCCCCUGUGGAUGCGACAGAUCCCCUACACCAUGAUGAAGUUCGCUUGCUUCGAGCGCACCGUGGAGCUGCUCUACAAGUAUGUGGUGCCCAAGCCCCGUGCCGACUGCACCAAGGGCGAGCAGCUGAUCGUGACCUUCGCCGCUGGCUACAUCGCCGGUGUGUUCUGCGCCGUGGUGUCGCAUCCCGCUGAUGUGGUGGUCUCCAAGCUGAACCAGGCCAAGGGAGCCAGCGCCAUUAGCGUGGCCAAGUCGCUGGGCUUCAGUGGCAUGUGGAACGGAUUGACUCCUCGUAUUAUCAUGAUCGGUACCCUGACCGCUCUGCAAUGGUUCAUCUACGAUGGUGUGAAGGUCGCUCUGGGCAUUCCCCGCCCACCACCACCAGAGAUGCCCGCUAGCCUGAAGGCCAAGCAGCAUUAAGUGGGCUAGUCCAAUCGGUUAGCUUAAGGCCAGAGUUCACUAGUUGGAGCGAUUGUGGGCAGACCCAGGAGCAACAUACUUUUUACUUUCUAACGAAUUUCGAUAUUAGUAUAGCCCAAUUGCCUUAUGCUUUUUUCUCAAAAAGAAUACAUUAAUGUUGCGUGUGUGCCAUUGCACAUGUACAUUCCAGAACAAUACUUUACGCAUUUCUCAAACACAGCAGUUAUACACACUUUUUUAUAAACAAAUCUUUCUAUCUUUAAAAGCCAAACAUUCUAUCGUACGCAACUAAGCUACACUCAAGUUCAAAGUAUUCAAUUCCAUAUAUAUUCUGUUAUACUAUGUGCUAUAUUUAACCCUGUGUGUGUCUAGCUCGCGCUGGAAAGUAUGUCCGUAUGUUGUCCCUUUGAUGGCCAGCCCCUUGUUAUCUCCUCCCGCUGCCCCACGUCCCACAGGCCACUCAUGCGAAUAUGAUAUUAAUGCUGUUUCAAUUGUCUGACCCGAUACCCAAGAAAGCACUCUGAAUAAAUUAAAUUAUAAAAUAUAAAAACACUA